AUGAGCAGCAGUACGAGAUAUGCUCGUAGAAGUGGUCCCAUUCCAGUGACGGUCUCUGAUUCAGAAGGCUCCGACGUUGACGAGGAGUUUGUUGACUUCGAUGAUGAAGAGUCCUUUUACGAUGUGGGUGGUUCCGCCGAAGAUGCUGAGGGUCGUGUUGACGGAGAAGAGUCCUCCUUUGGUACUGUUCCACAGGAAGACUCUUGGGAGGACGCCAUGUUUGAUGAAGAUGAAGAUCCCACAGAACAAGCUACUCGUCCUACUACAUGUACUACUGAUCGAUUGGUCAUGUACAAGAUGGACAUGACCAAGAAUCAGGGAAACAUGCCCACGAAGUUCCAGGAAGAAGAAUCAGAUGGAUAUGUCUACGAGAUUUUGUGCUCCAAAUUUGAAAAAAAGACCCAGGACAACAUUCCCAAAAAGACAUUGACGCUCUACUACGUCCUCACUGAAGGACCUGGUAAUAUUCCUACAAUAAACCUCCAACACGAACUCGACAAAGUGGCCAACUGGGGGAGACUCCCAUCACAAAAGGUCCCGGCUCGAUUGGAACUUCUCUUUAGUACGGCAGUCAAGGGCCAACGACAAGGCGAAUUGGCGAUUUACACAGAUCUCAAGUCGCACCACGAUUUCGAACUCAUCCCAGAGAAUUCUCAUGUCGGUUGUGGAUUCAUCCCGCGCCAGUACAUCGAACGCUUCUUGGGAAGCAAGACUGUUCGAGGGAGACGAACGUUUGCAAUUCAAGUGCGAAUCUUUUCCGCCCAAUUGGGUGUCUUCAAGGGAAUGCUCAUGGAAAAGCCGGGAAAUCGACAAGAUCCAGCUCCCGCCUAUGUCCACACACAAGUGACCAAACUGCUCAAUGGCCACCAAGAACCGCCGGUUAGUUUCAUUCCCAAUAAACUCAAAUGGAUGAUCACAUCUCUCUUGACAUCGUUGGGAGUCUCGCAGGAAUCCAUGGACGAGUACGUCGAGGAAGCACAUUCUCGUCAUGGGCGUGGAUUGCAACAUUCGUGUGUCGUCGGAGUAGCGGAUCCUACCAAUGCCAUUCCACCCGGUCACGUCUUUGUCACGGGUGUGUUGGGGACCAAUGCCGACUUGCCGGAACUGUUUGUGACGCGGUUUCCUUGCACAUCACCACGCGAUGGACUCAUGCUGCCAUUGGUCCAACAAAGUCAAAUGCGACGCGAAGAUUGGAAUUUUCUCGACAAUCUACCCUUUGGGGCCAUAAUCUUUGGAAAUGCAGCAGGACCAGGAGAACCUUCGCUACCGUCCAUUUGUGCCGGAGGGGAUUUGGAUGGCGACAAUUACUUUGUCUGUUGGAAUCGAAGCCUCCUGGAUCAAAUCACAACGGUCGAACCAGCAGAGGGAACAUGGGAUGAUGGAGCAAUGGACGUUCGAUCGCAUCGUAAUCCCCAGUGGCUGCGAGAUGCCCAGACGACAGUGGCCAAUGCGUCGCGUUUGGCAGCCAUUUUUGAUCUGAUUGGCACACUCUGCACGGCGCGCAAGAAUUUGGUUCGAGAUUGCGGUCCCGACUGUCCCGAUGCAUUCUCACUGGGACAAGCCUAUAAGGAUUCCUUGGAUGUGGCCAAACAUGGCCGACCCAUUCGGUUGCCACGACAUUUGUGGGACAUGUUGCCCGAAACGGUACAUGGCAUGUUGACGACAGCGGCGGAUCAUGAAGAAGAUGAUUGUAGAUGCGAGUUUCACAAUGAUCCCAUUCGGCACCGGGCAACUCAAAGCAAAAAGAAGAGAACACGGACUAGUACUUGCCACAACAGUUCCAGAAACAACAACAACGCGACGGCAAGUGAACAAGCCGCAAACAACAACGAUCAUCUGGGUGCAUUGAAAGAAGGUGCCCCCGUCGACAUUGUGGGUGGAACGUACAAAGACAAGUCUGCCACCUUUGUGCGGCUGACGGCCAAGAUGGUGUACGUGAAGCUCCCAGGGCCGCCGCCCAAGGAAAUUCGCAUUGCUCAAAAGUUUGUAAGGCCUACUAGCUAG